UCACAAAAUAUCCCCCCUUAGGUGUUAUAAUAACAAUAAAUAGCAAGAUACAAAUUUUUAAAUUUCAAAUUCCCAAUAUUAAUUGAUUUCAAUUGAAAGCUCUUUGCAUAAAAAAAGUAGUGUAAAAAAACAGUCAAACACCUCAACUUUACAGCGUUCAACGUGUCGACGUUUUUUAUUGCAAUUUUCCCAAGAAUGGUUUAGGCUCGAUGAUUCCAGCUGCAAGCAUGAGUUUAGAGGCCACUAAUCAGUCCUGCGACUGCGGGGAGCCCCACGAAGACUUAAUUCAGUUUUUAGAGAACCUUGUCAACGAAUUAGGGUUUUUCAAAGAUAGAUACAUUCUAAACUACGGCAUUGAAAAUGCGGCAAACCAAUCGAGAGAUCUCGAUAGGCAGAUGGAUGAAAAGUUGGAAAUUUUUCUCAAACAUCAGUCGGCUGCCCUAGAAAUGAAUAAGCCCUAUUAUUAUUACCUAAAAGGAAAAUUGUUGAAUAUUAGUACCACCUACAGUAGCGAGGCUGAAAGCUUGCUAUCCAAAGCCAUUAAGCUUGAUCCAAAAAUAGUGGACGCUUGGAAUGAAUUAGGGGAAAGUUAUUUUAAAGCUAAUGAGUUUGCUAAAGCGCAAAGCUGUUUUGAAGGGGGCUUAAGAGAGAAGCGCAACAAAGUAUCUCUUCGGAACUUGGCAACUAUUUUGCGGCGGGCCCAGACUGAAACUGCGGAUUCAUUAAAAAAAAGGAUUGAACUGAUCACAUGCUAUUCAAAGGAAGCCCUCAAGAUGGACCCUCAAGAUGGCAAGUCUUGGUUAAAUUGGGGAACCGCUCAAUUGUACAUAUUCUUCGGAACAACCCAAUCCCCAUACACCAUCAAACAGUGCUUAAGUGCUUACGCUCAAGCGGAGAAAGACAUCAAUUGCAAAACUUCCGUCGAGUUGCAUUACAAUAAGGGAAUUAUUUUUAAAUAUCAAGAACUGUAUAAGCAGGCUUUGGAGUCGUUAGAGACAGCUGCUUUAUACGACCCGAUGUGGGAAGAUCCAAAGGUUCAAGGCGCGCAGUUGCUUCAGUACCUUCAGAAUAUUGUCGAAUUGAUUCGAACCAAAGGCAAAUUGAAACCGAAAAAACUGCUGCAGAUAUUGAAGACUAUCAACUCCAAAUAUCUGGGCCCCUAUUCAGCAGCCGGACAGUGUGGGGAAACUACAACUGCGCUUCAUAAUGUUCCAUAUAACGAGCUGCAACCGGGGUCAAAUGUUGGAAAAGUUAUCUUGGGCACAGUGAUUUGUUCAGUUGUGACUGAAUCAGGAGUGCCAUUUACAUUCUGCUCGAUAGAUAAAUCCGAAACAAUAAUCGUGACUACGUUGUAUAAUUUAGCAGCAGGAAAAGGAGUGAUAAUAGGCGACAGAGUUGCCAUUCCACAGCCCCUAGUUACAGAUAUUGAUUUUCAUUACAAAGAUAAUCAUUUCAAAUUCAGAACAGUCCGAGUGCAAAAUCCCAUGCAAAUGAUCGUCAAUGGCAAGCAGGUGGAUGAUAAAGUGGUAUCUAAUGCCUCUUUGUGUGUGUUGGACCAUUAGUGCUAUUUUAAUUUUUAUUAAUUUUAUAUUUAUUGUUUCUUUUUUUGAUAAUUUAUGUAACUGCUUUUUUUUAAAUAAAAAUCUAAACUAACUAA